GCGCGGGCGCGAAGGAGUCGGGGCUCCGGGUGGGCGGUGGAAGCAUUGGCGCCCCGCGCAGGCUGGAGGCCGCCGAGGCUCGCCAUGCCGGGAGGACUGUAGCUCCCCCAUGGAGUCGGCCGACUUCUACGAGGCGGAGCCGCGGCCCCCGAUGAGCAGCCACCUCCAGAGUCCCCCGCACGCGCCCAGCAGCGCCGCCUUCGGCUUUCCCCGGGGCGCGGGCUCCGCGCAACCCCCCGCCCCACCUGCCGCCCCGGAGCCGCUGGGCGGCAUCUGCGAACACGAGACGUCCAUCGACAUCAGCGCCUACAUCGACCCGGCCGCCUUCAACGACGAGUUCCUGGCCGACCUGUUCCAGCACAGCCGGCAGCAGGAGAAGGCCAAGGCGGCUGCGGCCCCCGCAGGAGCCGGCGGCGGCGACUUUGACUACACGGGCGCCCCCGGGGGCCCCGGCGGCGCCGUGAUGCCCGGAGGGGCGCACGGGCCCCCUCCUGGCUACGGCUGCGCGGCGGCCGGCUACCUGGACGGCAGGCUGGAGCCUCUGUACGAGCGCGUCGGGGCGCCGGCGCUGCGGCCGCUGGUGAUCAAGCAGGAGCCGCGCGAGGAGGACGAGGCGAAGCAGCUGGCGCUGGCCGGCCUCUUCCCCUACCAGCCGCCGCCGCCGCCGCCCCCGCCGCACCCGCACCCGCACCCGCCGCCCGCGCACCUGGCCGCCCCGCACCUGCAGUUCCAGAUCGCGCACUGCGGCCAGACCACCAUGCACCUGCAGCCCGGCCACCCCACGCCGCCGCCCACGCCCGUGCCCAGCCCUCACGCAGCGCCGGCUCUCGGCCCCGCUGGCUUGCCAGGCCCUGGCGGCGCGCUCAAGGGGCUAGCCGCUGCGCACCCCGACCUCCGCGCGGGCGGCGGCGGCGCGGGCAAAGUCAAGAAGUCGGUGGACAAGAACAGCAACGAGUACCGGGUGCGGCGCGAGCGCAACAACAUCGCCGUGCGCAAGAGCCGGGACAAGGCCAAGCAGCGCAACGUGGAGACACAGCAGAAGGUGCUGGAGCUGACCAGUGACAAUGACCGCCUGCGCAAGCGGGUGGAACAGCUGAGCCGCGAACUGGACACGCUGCGGGGUAUCUUCCGCCAGCUGCCCGAGAGCUCCCUGGUCAAGGCCAUGGGCAACUGCGCGUGAGGCGCAGGGCGGCGGGACCGCCCUGGGCCGGCCGCCGGCUGCGACCCAGGGAGUGGUUUCGGGUCUCCGGAUCUCAAGACUGGCCCAGCGGCGCAAGCCGGGACUAGGAGAUUCCGGUGCCGCCAGAAAGCCUGGCCUGCCGCGCGUGCCCCUUGCCUUCCUCUGCGCCAGAUUCGGUGCGUUUAAGAUGAGGGAUCAGGCGAUGGUUUCUCCCUGCAGGAGAGAAGUGCCGUGGGGCUGAGCCGGGAGUCCUGGCAACUCUAGUAUUAAGGAAUAACCUUGUGCCUUGGAAACGCAAACUCACCGCUCCGAUUCCUACCGAGUAGGGGGAGCAAAUAUGUGCCUUGUCAUUUUAUCUGGAGGGUUCCUGCCUCAUUCCUGAGGCUGCAGGCUCCCAGGAGAGAAGGCAAUGUGCAGGCCCAUGGCAGGAGGAAGGUUCAGGGAGCAGAGAUCCCGACAAGCCAGCCUUAGCCGCUCCUCCAUCGCCUGUCCUUGGAAGGGAGGAAAUACAGGGACUUGGAAGGUUGUUCCCCCAGUUCUACACGAAGGUGGAGGGUCCCUAGUUCCUUGCCUCUAAUCUCCCAGCCUGCAACAGGCUGGGCUUCCCUGGGCAGAACUUACUUAGAUGGGGGUCACCAGGUGACCGGUGGGAGCCCCCUGCCCCCAGUCAGACCAGAAAGCUAGGACAUGGGUUAGCUCUCCGGACAUGUGUUCAUGGGAGUGGCGGCCUGGUGGCGCAGGGAAACCUAGAGCUCUGGGCGGGGGUGGGGGUGGGGGGGGUGAAGGGACCCUGGGACCAUCAGCCUUGUACUGUAUGUUGCCAGCAUUGCCAUACAAACAUGAAGCACAAUCUGUCCAUCCCAGAGGGACCGAAGUUAUGAGAAGCUUUCCAAAUAUUUUGCUUUAUCAGCCGAUAUCAACACUUGUAUCUGGCCUCUCUGUGUCCCAGCGGUGCCUUGUGCAAUGUGAAUGCGCACGUCUAUGUUAAACCACCAUUUUAUUUGGUUUUUGUUUUGUUUUGGUUUUGCUCAGAUACUUGCCAAAAUGAGACUCUUUGUCAGCAGCUGCAGGGAGGGUCUGCGGCUCUCUUUCCUUUUGGUUUUUGGGGAUUGCUUUUGCUCCCAGGGGAACCAAAGAGGUGAGGUGGGCUUCCUCUUUCCCUGGGGGGGGGGGGCUGGGGGGGCUGUGGGCCUCGGUGCCCUCCGGCCUGGGCCGCCCGCAGGCCUGUCCCCCCAGAGGCCCUGGCUCCUGGUCUGGAAGGGAGGCGGCCUCCAGCCAGCAUGCACAGAUCGCUGGGGCUGGGAGCAGGGAAGGACAGCUUGGUUCUCUCCUUUGGGGAGAACGUAGAGUUUCAUGCUAGAUGUUUUAUGUAUUAUAUCUAUAAUAUAAACAUAUCAAAGUAAAUUUUGGUGUCUUUUUAAAACCAGAAAA